GGUUAUGGAAGCUGUUUUUAGCUUGUGAUUCAUCUGCAUCUAAAUCACAUGAAUUAAUCCUUUUAGGAAGGAUCUCUUCAUCAUUUCUCAUAACCUGCAAAUUUUUGUGAGAUUCUUCACAUACUUCUAUCAUCUCAUUUUGAGAUGGCAUUGUUUCAAUGGGACAAGCAGCAACACGUGGAAAAUGAAAGGUACUGAAGUACCAUUCUCAGCUCCGGAAAAGUAGUUCAACGACUAAUAGAACUGACACUACGAAGAAUAAAUUGGUGUUCCCUGUGUUCAUGUUGAUCAUAUUGAUGAAUGAGUGAAGAAAAGAGAAGGGAACCUUUGACGUCAUGAACAUUCUUCUAGUAUUGUCCGGUGAUGUUUGUGAUUGGGCAACUAUACAGUGCCGACCGAUCCGAAUUAGCCUUCUUCGACGUGGAGACCACCAUCCCGACCCGACCCGGACAGGGAUUCGCGCUCCUCGAAUUUGGAGCCAUCCUGGUUUGCCCCAGGAAACUGGUGGAGCUCCAGAGCUACUCGACCCUGGUCCGACCCGCUAACCUCUCCCUCAUCUCCAGCCUCAGCGUCCGCUGCAAUGGCAUCACCAAAGACGCCGUCCUUUCCGCCCCCUCCUUUGCCGAAAUUGCCGACCGGGUCUUCGAUAUUCUCCACGGGAGGAUAUGGGCGGGUCACAACAUACUGAGGUUCGACUGUGCUCGGAUACGGGAAGCUUUUGCGGAGAUCAACCGGCCGCCGCCGGAGCCCAAGGGCACGAUUGAUUCGUUGGCUCUGUUAACUCAGAGGUUUGGUAAGAGAGCCGGUGAUAUGAAGAUGGCCACACUUGCAAGUUAUUUUGAGCUUGGACAGCAAACACAUAGGAGUUUAGAUGACGUCCGGAUGAAUCUUGAAGUUCUCAAGUACUGUGCAACAGUACUUUUCUUGGAAUCAAGCCUGCCAGACAUACUUACAGCAAACAGUUGGGUUUCUCCAAAUGCUACCACAAGAAAUCAUGCAAAUGCAAAUGCUUCUCCAGGUGGUAUGGUCGUGAACAUAAAUGCAUCUUCAUCAAGUGUCAGAAGUGAAAAUCACCCAUUGUCAGAUCAUAGGAAUGCAAACGUAGAAGCAAAACAUCCAAUACUGUCUCUUAUGGCUCCUCCUAACACACGGGAUAUUGUUCUGGAUCAUGCUGAACCCAGUGCAGGUCGGGCUGACCCUUUUGUCAUGAGCCGACUAACUGAUGAAGUGGAGAGAGAAUCCCUUCAACAAGAUGACACCAUGGAUGGAGAAUCUAGCUCAGUUUCAGAAUCUCCAGAGACUUCUACUGCUGCUGGCUCCAAGGGCUCCAGUGGCUAUACUGACUUCUUACAGCCUGAUGAAGUUUCUAUUCCUUUUAUCAAUGCAUCUCUUGCCCCAUUUUUUCGUGGUACUCAAAGAAUUCAGAUAUUGCACAAAAAUAUUACACUGCAGCUUUGCUGUACUAAGUUGAAAGUGCGGUUUGGAAUGAGUACAAAAUUUGUUGAUUAUGCUGGCCGGCCACGGUUGAAUUUUGUUGUGGACGCUACCCCAAGACUUUGCCAGGUUUUGGAUGUGUGUGAUAAUCUUGCACAAAAAUUGUCUGUAGAUUCUGGUAGCAGUUCUGAGUGGAGACAUAUAGUGACCAGAAAGCCUGGUUUCUUCAACUCACCUAUGGUGCGAUUGCACAUAGCUAAUGUAGCGGACGGGAAUGUUGCCAGAUGGUCCACAGAGAUAUAUGAAAAGGAAUCUUCUUCCACCCCGCGGAAGCUCGUGUUCAGUAGGUUUGAUGUUGUAGAACUUGAUUCAUUGUUCACUCCUGGCACUUUCGUGGAUGCCUACUUCUCCUUGGACACAUAUGACUAUCAGCAGAGUGCUGGUAUCCGGCUGGUGGCAAAGAAGCUGAUAGUGCAUUCUACCUGAUCGGUCGUCUUCUAUGCAAAUUUAUAACAUGUUUAACUCUUUAGGAUUUGUCAUUCUAAUUUGUUAGGUUAAAUAAAAUGGAGGUGGAUGCUGAAAGUGGAAAAGAUAACUGAAGUAACUUGUAAAUUCCCAAAUUUGUGGGUUCCUUUUGGAGCUUCAUGAUUAUGUUGAUGUAACUCCAGUAACCCUUGCUGAUAAAUUUGCUUAUCUGAACAAAUUAUUCCAGCAAUUCUCUGUUCCAAGUUGUUCACUGAGUGUAAGCUUGAGGGCUUUAAUUUAGCUGGAAAAUUAUUUGUCAAAAUAGUGAAUGCAUCUAUAAGAUUGCUCAUGAUGACUAGAACAUUAUAGGAUCAAGUUGUAGGAACACUCUCUUUGCAAAAAUAAAAGUAAAACUACAUACAUAAAUGACUUUUCUCUGACCCUCAUAGAUGAUAGUCUUAUGCGUACUAUCUUGUUCAGUUUCAUAUCCAUGAUUCGAGCAAAGAACAGACUAGGUCUUUUGGAUUGGCACAAAGUUCUAUUAAAGUACCAUCAUUUAGGUUGAAGGUGAAGAUUCUUACUCUCUUCCAUGUGAGUAGGUGUGGAUUUUUUUCUCGUGUCAUUUGAAGGCAGAGUUCCAUGUGAGUAGGUGCGGAUAUUUUUCUCAAGUCAGUUCAGGACAUCAUCAAAAUGCUUGACUAGUUGGUGCUAAAGAACUAUGAGUUGAUGCAGAUGUUGUCUAAUUCAUCUCUAAAACAGAUGGAAACUAUCCCAGGCCAGCCAGAAAGAAAGAGAGCACAAGUAACCUCUGCGUGGUCAGCUAGAGAUGCAGUUAAUGCUUUAACGGUUGAAGGGCCACAUGUCGAUAUCAUACUAGCUGAGGUUUACCUUUUGGUGGCCAAUGGUGCCAAGAUUUUGAAGUACAUCACACAAAAUGCAGAGCUCAAAUCCAUUCCACUUAUCAUAUAUUCAACACCGGAUCAAGUAUGUGAUAUUGGCAAGUGCUUGAAAUACGGGGCAACCGACUAUCUAGUGAAGCCUUUAAGAGAAAAUGAGUUGCUCAAUCUAUGGAUGCAUAUUCGUAUAAAAUCUUUUCAUGGCACCUCCUCGAAAAGGAAGGAUCCGGUAGACAUGGCGGCGGCGGAACAGAGCCUGCCGGAAAAGGCUGCGAACAGGGAGACGGCGGCGCUGUUCGCCAGCGGGAAAGUCAUGGAGAAUUGCCGCUCGUCGGAAGAGCGUGUGAAGCUGCUGUCGACCUGAUAGGGGUUUCGUCUCUGAGAAGAAGAAGAUGGAAGUUGGAAAUUGUCGUCUCUCGGAGCUUCCUUAAUUCUCUUUCCCUUUUUCUUUUUCUGGUUCUUUGCACGGUGGAAUAAUGGUUUGCUGUGUUGUUCAAUAAACCCCCCCCCCCCUUUGCUCUAUCUCGUGGUUGUGGGCAUUUCUGUAAAUUUCCAGGAUGGUAGUUCUUUUUCAUGUUUAUUUUUCUUUUUUUUAUUAAAUAA